UCAGAGAACCUCCCCCAGAGGCUGGGCUGGGACGGAGUAAAAAACAUCUGGAGCAGCUGUGAGUUUGUGAGCUCUGCCCUGCGGUUAGCGAUGUUGUCUCUGGCCUCCCACUCACUUCGCCUGAGCUCUGCUGGUAACCAGGCAAGCAGGAGGUCCGUAGCAACAGUCAUCUCUGGCAACAAGACCUCCAAGUUGGUGAGGGAGAGGCUGAAGAAGAAUGUGGAGAAGAUGAAGAACCAGUUCUCAGGGUUCAGACCCAGUCUGGUUGUUCUGCAGGUGGGAGACAGAGAUGAUUCAAACCUCUAUAUCAGCACCAAACUGAAGGCUGCAGCUGAGAUCGGAAUUGAUGCCAAACAUGUUCGGUUGCCGAGCUCAGCGACACAGGAAGAGGUGUUGCAGAGCAUCAUGUCUGUAAAUGAAAACCUGUCUGUGCAUGGUCUGAUCGUCCAGCUGCCUCUGGACUCAGUCAACAGAAUCGACACAGAGCUCAUCACCAAUGCCGUUUCUCCGGACAAAGAUGUGGACGGCCUGAGCUGCAUCAAUGCUGGAAAGUUGUCUCGAGGAGAUCUGAAUGACUGCUUCAUCCCCUGCACCCCCAACGGCUGCAUGGAGCUCAUCCGACAGACAGGUGUGUCAGUGGCAGGCAAACACGCUGUGGUCAUCGGUCGCAGUAAAAUCGUCGGAGCUCCCAUGCAUGACCUGCUGCUUUGGAACCAUGCCACAGUGACCACCUGUCACUCAAAGACCCCAGACCUACCUGAGCAGGUGGGGCGGGCCGACAUCCUGGUGGUGGGAGCAGGCAGAGCAGAGAUGGUGAGGGGGGAGUGGGUGAAGGAAGGAGCUUUGGUCAUCGACUGUGGAAUCAAUCAUGUUCCAGAUGAGAGCAAAGCCAGCGGCAAACGGGUGGUUGGUGACGUUCACUAUGAUUCAGCCAAUCAGAGAGCAGGAUUCAUAACUCCAGUUCCUGGAGGGGUGGGGCCGAUGACAGUGGCUAUGUUAAUGGAGAACACGGUGCAGAGCGCUCAGCGGUUCCUUCUCAGGAGUCAGUCUCACAGAUGAAAGUCUGACAGCCUAGACAGUGAAGUGAGGCUCCACCUUCAGACACUGUGGCUGAUCCUCUGCACAUCUUCAGCUGCUGGUUGAAUCCAGUGUUUAGUACCUUCAUCCUUUUUAUCAUCAUCAUCAGCUGACUGAAGCAUUUCUAUCUAAAAAGAUUGAACUGAUGGAACCAGGAAGUAAAGCAGAACAUGUAUGAGCUUCAUAUGAACUUAUAAUCAACAUUUUAACUGCGAAUAAAACGAACAACCCCUCUGAACUGA